CUUUUCUCUGGGUCUCUGCGAUCGCCCCCAGCUGGCCAAGAGAGCGCUCGGAGCGCAGAAGGCACCGGUCUCCGUGGCUGCAAGGCAAGUUAAUAAACAGUUAAGUUUGGAAGGCUCCGUAGCACGUUGAGGGGGAGUUACCAAGCCCAGGCAGCAAAAACAUCCCGCCACAUUCCUGGGGAGUCCUCAGCUGCCAGCAUCUGAUUAGAACCAUAUCUCUCUCCCCGGGAGUGGCCGCGCGGCACCGAAGCUCCCGGCCCGCGGCUAUUUAAGCGGGGCUGACCGCGUCCUCUGCGCUGCAGCCUUGAGGCUCCGGGCACGGGGAAGUCAUGCUGGCUCCGCAGAGGCACUAGCUAGCCCGUGUGUGUCGUGGGUUAUGUUCAUUUGAGACCUGCACGUCAAGGAUUGCCUGGUGGUGUCAGUGAGUGUCUGCUGCUGCUGGAUUUUCUGCUUGCCUUGCUGUCAUGUCUAACGAAGUAGAAACAGGCACGACCAAUGGUCAGCCGGACCAACAGGCUGCACCGAAAGUGCCAUCCAAGAAGGAAAAGAAGAAAGGUUCUGAAAAGACAGAUGAGUAUCUGUUGGCCAGGUUCAAAGGUGAUGGUGUGAAAUACAAGGCCAAGCUAAUUGGUAUUGAUGAUGUACCUGAUGCAAGAGGAGACAAAAUGAGCCAAGAUUCUAUGAUGAAACUCAAGGGAAUGGCAGCAGCUGGUCGGUCUCAAGGACAGCACAAACAACGGAUCUGGGUCAACAUUUCCCUGUCUGGCAUAAAAAUUAUUGAUGAGAAAACUGGGGUAAUAGAGCAUGAGCAUCCAGUAAAUAAGAUCUCUUUCAUUGCUCGUGAUGUAACAGACAAUAGAGCAUUUGGUUAUGUGUGUGGAGGAGAAGGCCAGCAUCAAUUUUUUGCCAUAAAAACAGGGCAACAGGCUGAACCAUUAGUCGUGGACCUUAAAGACCUUUUUCAAGUUAUCUAUAAUGUAAAGAAAAAGGAAGAAGAAAAGAAAAAGGUUGAAGAAGCCAGCAAAGCAGAAGAGAAUGGGAGUGAGGCCCUAAUGACCCUUGAUGAUCAAGCUAACAAACUGAAGCUGGGUGUUGACCAGAUGGAUUUGUUUGGGGACAUGUCUACACCUCCUGACCUAAAUAGUCCAACAGAAAGCAAAGAUAUCCUGUUAGUGGAUCUAAACUCUGAAAUCGACACCAAUCAGAACUCUUUAAGAGAAAAUCCAUUCUUAACAAAUGGCGUCACCUCCUGUUCUCUCCCUCGACCAAAGCCUCAGGCGUCCUUCUUGCCUGAGAAUGCCUUUUCUGCCAAUCUCAACUUUUUUCCCACCCCUAACCCUGAUCCUUUCCGUGAUGAUCCUUUUGCACAGCCAGACCAAUCGGCACCCUCUUCGAUUGAUUCUCUCACAUCUCCAGAUCAGAAGAAAGCGAAUUUGAGUAGCUUGUCUACUCCUCAGAGUAAAGGGCCCCUGAACGGUGAUACAGAUUACUUUGGUCAGCAAUUUGACCAGAUCUCUAACCGGACUGGCAAACAGGAAACUCAGGCAGGCCCGUGGUCCUAUCCAAGUUCGCAAACCCAGCAAGCAGUGAGAACUCAGAAUGGGGUAUCUGAAAGAGAACAGAACGGCUUCCAUAUCAAAUCUUCCCCGAACCCUUUUGUGGGAAGCCCUCCCAAAGGACUAUCGGUACCGAAUGGCGUAAAGCAGGACUUGGAAAGCUCUGUCCAGUCCUCAGCGCAUGACUCCAUAGCCAUUAUCCCACCUCCACAAAGUACCAAACCGGGAAGAGGCAGAAGGACUGCUAAGUCGUCAGCAAAUGACUUGCUUGCAUCAGACAUCUUUGCCUCAGAACCUCCAGGCCAGACAUCACCCCCAGGACAACCUGCGGCCCCUCAGACCAAUCCUUUGGAUCUCUUCAAAUCAAGUACUCCUGCCCCAAUGGGGCCCCUUGCAGGUCUAGGUGGUGUUCCAGUAACACCCCCUCAAGCAGGAUCUUGGACCCCUGUUGUCUUCAGCCCCUCUCCAGCUGUGGUCCCAGGAGCCAUAAUAAGUGGCCAGCCUUCAGGUUUUGGUCAGCCAAUCGUUUUUAGUACAACCCCAGCAGUUCAAGUUUGGAAUCAACCUUCAUCAUUUGCAGCCCCAGUCUCCCCUCCAGCCCCUGCAGUAUGGUGUUCUCCUGCACCUGUGGCACCCAAUGCUUGGUCAUCCCCAAGCCCUCUGGGGAAUCCUUUUCAGAGUAACGCCUUCCCACCUCCCGCCCCAACCACUCAGUCCUCUCAAAUGCUUCCUUCUGUUCUGGCCACACCUCCUCAACCACCUCCCAGAAAUGGCCCACUAAAGGACAUCCCCAGUGAUGCUUUCACUGGCUUAGACCCACUUGGGGACAAAGAAGUGAAGGAAGUGAAGGAAAUGUUUAAGGACUUCCAGCUGCGGCAGCCACCUAUUAUACCCUCAAGGAAGGGAGAGACCCCUCCCACUGGGACUUCAAGUGCCUUCUCCAGUUACUUCAGCAAUAAAGUUGGCAUUCCUCAGGAGCAUGGAGACCAUGAUGAUUUUGAUGCCAAUCAGCUGUUGAGCAAGAUUAAUGAACCGCCAAAGCCAGCUCCCAGGCAAGGUGUCCUCUCGGGUACCAAGUCUCCUGACAAUUCACUUGAGAACCCGUUCUCUAAAGGAGGCUUCAAUUCAUCACAGCCCUCCGUGGCUUCUCAACCUGCAUCUUCUGAUGCCCACAGGAGUCCUUUUGGAAAUCCUUUCGCCUAGCUUCUGAAGUUGUUAUGCUGACAACAAGAGGAACAAGAGACCGGCACUAGCCAAGGACAAAGCUGAUAGCCAGAAACGUGCUGACCUCUGUCUGUGUUCCGCCUUUGACAUGUUAUCCGUUGCCUUACUUGUCUUUGCCUCUUGUAAAAUGCCUUUUACUUUCUUUAUGCUAAAGCUAAACUGAAACUAUGGCUUUACGUAAAUUAAGCUCCUAAAUCUCUAGCUCAAAUAUAAAUGAAGUAGCUUCCCUACCAAAUCCUUGUCUGUUGUGCCCCUAGAACCUUCCAGAUACUUCCCCUUCUACUCUCCAGUUGGGAGGUGCGGCCACCUUAACCCUUCAUAUCACACGGCCUUGAGUAAACGUCCAAAUCCUCAUAGCUCCAAGUCAUUUGGUGUUCCUGGUGUACAGCAUAAACCUAAACAUUCGAUUAAUUGGACAGCAAAAUACCUUGCUUUCAACCUCUACUCAGAAAGAAUUUUUGGAGUAAAAUGAAAGCAAGACUAACUUCUCAAGUAUACACGAGGACCAUUUCAAGAUGACGAUCUCUUGGCUAAUUGUGUCAUUUACCAGUCCUGCCUGAAGAGGUGCUUACAGUUGACUUGAAGAGGAGAAAGUUCUGUCUCCAAACACAAGGCAUUAUUCAAAGCUAAUAAAACAAUUUCUCCCUGGGGCCUCAAAUUGUUUUCAUUCCAGACAUUUUGUAGCUGUUUGACCCUGGUGACCUUAUGGCCUUAAUUUUCCCUGAUGACCCUAAUUUCAUAUCAUGUGAUUUUUUUCUCAAUAAAGAUGAUUAUUGUGUGCAUUACUAAAAAAAAAAAAAAGGAUGAUUUCUCUUCAUUCUGAUGAUUUCUCCCAGGACCUAGGCUGUUCCAUUUCUUAACCUCCUGCUGGCUAUUUUAAAUGAGAGAAAAGACCCAUUUAUCUCUCCCUGUCUUUGUCUCUCAUUCUCUCGUCAGUCCAUUUUGCUCCUGGCUUUGUAUAAACAAUACCCAGGAACAGAUUUUCAUGGGUCAAAAAGCAUUAAAUGACUCACAGAUCUGGAGCGUACACACACCCCCCUCCAGUCCUUGUUCGUCCUGCAUCUAGACUUCAGAAGGUCCACCCUCCUCAUUCUCCAUGUGGACUGGGGAGCCAUUCUCUUAAACUAAAAUUCCAAAGAGCAAAUUAACACAGGAGAGGAACUGGACUCAGCUCAGCAAUGAAGGACUAGAUUCUGUGUACCAAACACACUGGGUCCUCACUGGAGGUAUGCAAUGCCUUUACCAAGUAAUUGGAAAACUGCCUUGAAGCAGCAAUCCUAUAGUUACUAAGACCAUAAGAAAUGAGAGGAGAGAGGGUGAUGAACGGAUGUUCGAGGUUAUCGAAAACCUGCCUGCAAGAUUUCCCUCAUCACCUUGGAAAGCUAUGCAGUGCAUUUGCAGUUAUACAGGACUGAAGGGUUGGUCCCUGCCAAGCCCUUUAGAGUUCUUUAGUUUAUGUUAAGCAUUUUUUCAUGUUCUCUCUUGACCCUUAAUGCUCCGGUCUUGUGGGUGUUCAUGCAAUCUUACCUUUCAGUGGAAGAAGAUGACUGCUCAGGAUUUAAACAAGAAGCUGGUCUUGUGAACCCCUGUUGAUUAGCCCCAACUGAUCCAAGCUGAAGUCCUGUGGGUUUCUGUUUAAUGCUAAUUGUUAAUUAUCUAUGGCAUAUGUUCUUUUUGUUGUCUAACUUCCUAUUCAGUCACUAUAAACAGAGACUUGAAAUCAUACUUUACAAUUCCAAAUACCUAAAGAUGUGCUAAACUGGAGGUAACUAUUUCUAGAUUCGAGUUUUUGAAAAUGAUGAUCAGCCACACAACUGUUUUGUGCAUACCUGUCUUCUUGUGCACUUUUCUGUAUGCAAAUAAAGCUAUAAAUUUACUCAUUCAAUAAA